GAGGAAAAAUGGGGAUAUCUUCCCUCUUCGAACCCUAAACUCUUUUUGUUUUCCCAGGAAAAUAGAGUGAUCUUUUGUGGAGAGAUAUCGAUCAAAUUUCACUGGUAAAUUGAAAGAGUGUUGAAAUAUUCGGAAUCCUAUCUUCUCGUUUUGUUCGAUUCGAUCUCCCAAUCUUGUGAAUUCUGCUGCAAAAUUUCUCCGGUGGUGUAAAGCUCAAUGGAUACAGAACUGAAUUCACCUCCGCAUCAUGAUGAUGGUGAUGGUGACACGACGGCUGCUUUUCGAAAGCCUUCUAAUGACGGGGCUAGUAGAAAAUAUCGCCGCCGAGCUUUAGCUGACGAUGGCUCUUCUUCAUCUGAUGGAAGUCCUGAACGUAGUCAGAAUCAGAGUUCUAAUUCGAAGCAUUCUAAAGGAGAUAUUAGGAAAGUUUCUGAACCAGUUCAUUCGUGGAAAGAGGAUAGGCGUGAAUCUGAUCGCAGUCGCUAUGGUAGAGGUGAUUCACACAGAGAUGAGAGGUACUCUAGGGAUGAUGAUAACUAUGGUUCUAAGCGUGAGGAGUACAGCAGAUAUGAGCGGGAUGCACCUCGGUCUAGCCGUGAUUCAAGGGGUGGCCGUCUUAUUGACCGUACAGGAGUAGAGACUGAACAUAGCAGGUCAAGAAAUGAUUCACACAGACAUUCUCUUCAUAAGUAUAGCAACUCUGGAUAUAGAGGCAAUAGCAACGAUAAAGUUGAAGAUUUGUCAUCUCGUUGGAGAUACGCAGACUCAAGAGUGGAUGAUAAAGAGAAGGGUUUCGUGCGGGGGAGAGAAUUGGAAGAAGAGAAAAGAGAUAAGGGUUUCGUGCGGGGGAGAGAAUUGCAAGAAGAGAAAAGAGAGAAGGGUUUCGUGCGGGGAAGAGAUCUUCAAGACGAGAAAAGAGACUCCCGCUGGAGUUUUGGUGACCGUCGUUCCCGUGAUGAAAGAAAGGAACAUGACAACCCUGAGAUUAGCAGGGAGAAGGGUGUUCAUGUCAAAUCUCCAAGAGACCGUCCUGAUGGGAAAUGUUUGGCAACUGAGAAUCGGGAUACGCAUUCUAAGAAACUGAAGGGGUUCAGUUCAGAGAAGUUUACUCAUGGCAGUAGUAAUGAAGAGAAGCAGACAUCAAUCAUAACGCCUUCCCCUGGUGAUGUUGAUGCUGCCAAAGUUGCAGCUAUGCAGGCUGCUGAAUUAGUGAACAAAAACCUUGUUGGAACGGGUUACCUGACAACAGAUCAAAAGAAGAAGUUAUUGUGGGGAAAGAAGAAAAGCACAGCAGCAGAAGAGACUGCUCAUCGUUGGGAUAGUGCUAGUGCGCUAAUUGGUGACCCUGAACGACAAGAAAAGUUCAACAAACUUAUGAGUCUGAGGUUGCGUUGGUGCAUCAUUGUAGGGUGUGAAAGCGAGUACGGUAAACCAAGAGCAGAACCUAAGCGAAGUGGAGGUGGAGAAGCAGAAAGAGUUGCAGAUGGAUUUAGAGAAGCAGUACACAGCGGGAUUAAGGAGGAGAGAUGGACGAACCGUAGGGUUAGGUCUUUGAACCUCUUUGGUAAACUAUUCUCGUACUCUUUUCUCCUCAGAAGGAAUCUUCUGGUAUCUCCUUUUUGUUGUACUCUACUACUCUUGUUGAAGCCCUUAGCUAUGGAUAUCGCCAUGUGUGUAAGAAUUAAGUUCAGUCUCCAGCUUUUGAUUUUGAGUUUAAAAUCUUUUUUCACCAACGCAUAUUCUCUACCUUUUUUGUCGUACAAGUUUUUUUCCUGUACUCAAAAUCAAACAAGUUUUUAUCAUUUAAUUUAAUAAACGAUACAAUUAGAGGUUCAGAUU